AUUUUUUCCAAUCCACCCUACCCACAAAAUUCGAGCUUUCAAAGCAUUGGCAUUCAAAUCUUACUCCUUGUUGAUAAACACGUCCUCAGUUGAAUAUAUUCUAAAAACUUAUAUAAGAAUGUCGUCUCUUUGUAAAACUCGACUUCAAGAAGAACGCAAACAAUGGAGGAGAGACCACCCAUUUGGAUUUUUCGCAAAGCCUAGCAAAUCUCCCGAUGGCGGUCUUGACUUAAUGAACUGGACGGUCGGAAUCCCUGGUAAACCAAAAACUUCUUGGGAAGGUGGUCUUUAUAAACUCACUAUGACUUUCCCUGAGGAAUAUCCAACACGUCCUCCAAAGUGCCGAUUUACUCCACCUUUGUUCCAUCCAAAUGUUUAUCCCUCUGGUACUGUUUGUCUCUCUAUUUUGAAUGAAGAAGAAGGUUGGAAGCCAGCUAUUACCAUUAAACAGAUUUUGCUAGGAAUUCAAGAUUUAUUGAAUGACCCCAAUAUCGCUUCUCCAGCUCAAACAGAAGCUUAUACCAUGUUUAAAAAAGACAAGAUAGAGUACGAACGGCGUGUCCGCGCACAAGCCAAAGAAAAUGCACCGUAAAAAUAGAGCUCCUUUCCCUUCUGUAUCCCUAAUUUAUUAUCAUUGUCGUUACUAGUCCUAUUACUUUUUACUACAUUUUUUCCUAGAAAAAAACGCAAUAAGUUAAUCCACACAUAAAAUCAGCUGAAUUAUUAUAAAUAAACUCAGACCUUAAGCAAAUAGAAAUCAACACUAAAUUCAAAAAAAAACGAGUGUACUUUUCAGGUUCAUGUAAAAUAUGCCUUUUUCUAUGAACGUUCGUUCAUUGUCCAAUUACCAAUUGAUCACAUUCAUUUAUUGAGGUGGAUUGGCUCCACGACUUUGAGCAUAAAUUUGUUGUUGAUAGUACUGGACAUACGCAUUAUAGCCUCCAAAAGCUGCAUAUGGAUCGGCACCGGGUGCAGACAUAGUUGGGACACCAACGCCAGGCGCAUCAAGUCCUGGAGGACCAGACAAUCCAGGAGCUCCAUAUACAUAGGACAUACCUGGUGGAACCAUGGGAACCGUAGGAGACAUACCAGGAGGAUACAUGGCUGCUGGCAUUGAGGUGCCAGGUGGAACAAUUGGUGCUGACGAAGUAGCGGUACUAACUCCAGGAACAGGUGAGACAUUGGAUAUUGGUGGGGUUCCAUGACUGCUAGGUGUUUCUGGUUUGGAC